AUGGAAAAUAAUGAUUUAAAAAAGGAUAAAAAAAUGUUUAUUGAUAAUAAAAAUACAUACAUGAAUAAUUAUAAUAAUAAUCAAAACAUAAAUAAAAUUAAUGACAAUAAUAAUAAUAUUAAUAGUUACAUGAAUUUUGCUAAUUUUAAUAAUUUUAGUAAUAAUAAUAAUGAUAACCAUACUAAUAUUAAUAGUAACACAAAUAAUAAUAUAAAUAAUAAUCUGAAUAUAACUAAUAAUAUGAAUAAUAUAUCUAACAACAUGAAUAACAUACCAAGCAAUAUGAAUAAUAUGCCUAGUAAUAUGAAUAAUAUAUCUAAUAAUAUGAAUAAUGUCCCAAGUAAUUUGAAUAGUAUGCCAAAUGCUUUGAAUAAUAUGCCUGGUAACAUGAAUAAUAUAACUAAUACUAUGAAUAACUUACCCACUAAUAUGAAAAACAUACCCACUAAUAUGAAAAAUAUUCCCACUAAUUUGAAUAACAUGCCCACUAAUAUGAAUAACAUACCCACUAAUAUGAAUAGUAUGCACACUAAUAUGAAUAAAAUGCACACUAAUAUGAGUAACAUACACACUAAUAUGAAUAACAUACAUAAUAAUAUGGGUAAUAUACAUAAUAAUAUGAAUAAUAUGUCUAAUAGUUUGAACAAAUUACCCAGUAAUAUGAAUAAUAUGCAUAAUAAUUUGAAUAAAAUUCCAAGUAGUAUGAGCAAUAUACCUAAUAAUAUGAAUAAUAUGUCUAGUAAUAUGAAUAAUAUGUCUAAUAAUAUGAGUAAUAUGUCUAGUAAUAUGAGUAAUAUGCCUAAUAAUAUGAAUAAUAUGAAUAUUAAUAUUUCAAAUAAUAUGAAUUCGAAAGUUGUAAAUAAUAACAUGAAUAACAAUAUUCCUAGUAAUAUGAAUAUGAAAAAUAACAUGAAUAUGAAUAGUGAUAUAGCAAAUAAUUUGAGCAUUAAGAAAAUGAUGAAUAACAAUAACAACUUAAGAGAGAAUCUUAUGAAUAAUUUAAAUUAUAAUUAUAGUAAUAUGAAUUAUAACAUAAUAAAAAACAUGGGCAUGAAUAAUAAAUUAAAUAAUGACAAAAAAGUCAAUACAGAUGAUCCAAAAAGUAUUAUGAAGAAUUUAAAUAAUAAAAUGAUUAUUAAAAAUAAUAUGAAUAGCAGCCAUUUUAUCACUUCUGAUGCUCCAAAUAUGAAUAGAUUUUAUUUAAAUGAGAUGAAAAAUAUAGAGAAUAACAUGGUAUCUAUGAAUAAUAAACUAAAUAGUAUGAAGGAUAAUCAAAAUAAUAUGCAGCAUUUUAGAGAAAAUGAAUAUCUAGAAAAUAUUUAUAAGAGAGAAAAAUAUUUAUUAAAUAAAAAUGAAAAAGAAAAUUUGUAUAUUUCACCCAAACAAUUGAAUAAUUUUAAUCAAGAAAGCAAUAAAAAUAAUAUGCUUCCAAGAAAUAUGAAAAAUAUAGAUCCUUCUUUAUACAAAUCUCUAAACUUAAAUAUGAUGAAUUCUAAAAAUAUUAAUCAAAUGUAUAAUUUUAAUAAUAAUGACUCAAGUAACUUUAAUAUAGAAAAUAUGUUAGAAAAUAAAACUAAUAUGAAAUUGAAAAAUAUAGAUUACAACAAUAUGAAUAUGAAUAAAACAGAUAAUAUGAUAUUUAAUGAAGAAAUAAAUUAUCAGGCGUACAAUGUAAAUAAUAAUAUUAAUAAUAACGUCAAUAAUAAUAAUUUAACAGAAAAAAACUUUAAUAACGCUAAGCAUUUUUUCAUGAAAUCCGGCAAUAUGUUUGAUGUAAAAGCUUAUAAAAAUUUAGAAAAUUUUAAAGAAAUGAAAAAUACUAAUGAAAAUAAAAAUAUAAGAUUUAACAAUUUAAUGGAAAUGAAUCCAAAUCAGAUUAUUUCAGAAGAUCCCAAUUUAUCAUCGACUAUUCAUAAGAUAAAUGAAAAAAAAAAAAUAAUGAAUACAAAAAAUAAUAAUUUAAUCAAUAUGGAUAAUUGUGAUAUUUAUAAGUUAUCCAUGAACGAUAAAUUAAAUCAGAAGGAUGCAUAUAAUUAUAUGAAUCAAAAUGAUAUUUUAAAGUUAACAACAGAAAACAAUAAGCAAAGAUAUAUUUCUGUAAAAAAAAUAGGAACAAAUAAUAACAAAGUGCUAAAAAUGUAUGAUCAUCAAAAGAAUAAAAUAGGAAAAUUAAAUAAUAUGGAUAAUGAUUUUAUGAAUAAAAAAAAUACUAAUAACAACAGUACUAUGUAUAUGAAUAAAAAUAUGAUGUAUGAAGACAUAAAAAAAAAUAACACAAUUCCAUUUGAUAACAUAAUUAAUAAUGACAUUCAAUUUUUUAAUAGAAACCCAAUGUUAAAUAAAAAUAGUAACAAUAAUAAAAUCAGCUAUAAUAGAACAACAAACUUUAUAAAUACUUACGAUCAAAAUUUUAAUACAAAGUCGAAAAAUGAUUUAGAAAAUUUAAAAAGGAUCGAGCAAGAAGUAGAAGAGAAAAAAAAAAAGAAAAAAAGAGAAAAAAAAGAAGAAAAAAAUAAGGAAAGGAAGAUUGAAAUUCUUAAAAAUGAACCAAAAGAAGCAUUAGAAGAAAAUUUUGAAGGAAACAAACAUAAUUUUGAUUAUAAUAAUGUGAUAUUUAAUUACAGAGAAAAUUCACAACAAAAUUCUUUUAAUAGUUCUAUCCUGAAUCCCAUAAACACUAACAAUAUUAACAAUGUUAAUAAUAAUAGUAACAUUAAUAUGAAUAAUAAUAAUAUUAUCAAUAGCAAUAAUGUUAAUAAUAAUAAUAAUACUAUUAAUAAUAAUAAUAACAAUAAUAUUAAUAAUAAUAAAAUUAUUAGUACACCUAACUUAAAUGUAAACAUGGGCAUAACGGAAGAAAACAGUGUGUAUAAAAAACAAAUUUUAUUAGAAAAUUAUGAUCAAAAUAAUUCCACAAAGAUUUUUUUAGAUAAUAAAAAUACGAUGGACACAAAUGAAUUCUAUAAUCAAGAUGAUUCGGUUUCUAAAAAAUUAAAAAAAAAUGAUAAUCAGCAAAAUUCUUCAUUUAAUUAUGCCCCUGAAAAAGUAGAAAAUCAAGAAAAAUUAAUAGCUUUAACAAAAUUAUUUGGAAAUGUAAUUGAUGAAAAAGAUCAAAAAAGUGUUAAUAUGCCUUAUGUUAUAGGAAAUACAUAUGACUUGGACACUUUAAAAAAUAUGUCAUUAGAAAGUAUGUUAAAUAGUUUAAAUAUAGAUAAGGUUAUUUUGGAUAUAUUAAAAGAUAAAAUAAAUAAUAUAAAUAGAAGUAUAAAUGUAACAAUAUAUUCUACACCUAGUGAAAAACAAAUAGAUACAGAAAAGGAGAAUUUUAAAAUAUCUGAUUUAAUAAAUUAUUUUGAUAUUUUUAUAAGUUGGUGUGAUAAUAAUUUAAUUCAAAUUAAGUUACAGUUGUAUAAUAUUGCUUUUUGCUUAUUUUUGGAAAUAUAUAUUUUAUUAUUAACUAAUAAUUAUGAUCAUCUAGAUGAUUUUAAAAAUAAAUACUUAAAUAAAUUUUCUUCAUAUGAACCUGUAACAAAAUUAUUAAAAAACUGUGUUAGUUUAAGUCAAAUAUUUGAAAUAUCAUUAAUUCGUUUUAAAGAAAAAAAUUCAAAACAUAUUGUUCACAUGACUAAAUUGGGAAAAAAAUCUUUAUAUCAAUAUUUAAGUGUUUAUGAAGGUAUUUUAUUGUAUAAUUUAAUUACUACAAAAAUUAAAAUAAUAGAAAUUGAUGAUUCAGAUAAAAAUUUUAAUUUUUUCUAUUCAUUUGUAUCUACAAAUUUUUUUCAAAAUUUAAAUUUAAAUAUUCCAGUUCAAUGGGCUUUGCCUUCAAUAUAUUCUCUUCAAGAUGAAGUUGUAGAAGAUGCAAAUAACAAAUUAGUGAAAGAAAAAGAAGAAAGCUGUUACUUGCCUAAUGAAAGUAGUGAUGCAUAUUUUUAUUAUAAGCAUAUAUUAAAAACACAAACUAGUAAUAGAUUAAAAGUAACAAAAAAUAGAAUUCCAAGUAUACUUUAUUAUUGCUUGAAUAAUUGCAAUGACCUGACAUGUGCAGAAAUUUCUAGUUUCGAUGGAUCAUUUGUAGCAACAGCUCAUUCAAAUAAUAUAAUUAAGUUAUGGAAUAUUAAGCAAUCACAAAUGAAUAAAUUAAAUGACAAGAAAGAUUUUGAAUGCAAUAGAAUAGAUGAUGAUAUUAGAAAAUAUGAAGAUUAUAAAGAAAGCAAGAAUAUAUAUACAGAUUUAAAAGAGCACGAAAAUGGAAUAUCUAAAUUAUAUGGAAAUAUUUAUAAUGUAUCUAGCUUAUGUUUUGGUGAAACAAAUAAAAUUCUUUUAUCUGGAAAUAUAAAUGGGGAUAUAUACUUAUAUAGCACAAUAAAUAAUAAGAAUUAUGUUAAAUAUGUAGGAGGUAACACACCAAUUUGGUCAAUUGAUACUGCUUUUUUAGGAUUUUUCUUUUGUUCUGGUGAAGAUGAUGGAAACUUAAGGAUAUAUUCAACUAAUAAAACCUAUCCCUUUAUUACAUAUAAAUAUAAUUGUUCUGCAAAUAUUUGCAAAUAUCAUUACAAUAAUACACUUAUUGGAUGCGGAUAUUACGAUAAUUAUGUGCAUUUAUAUGAUGUUAGAGUAAAUUCUUUUAUUAAAAGAUUCAAGAACAACUAUCCUAGUAACCAAGGAGUAACUUCAUUAACCUUUUCAAAAAAUGGAAGAUUACUAUCUUAUGCAGGGGGUUAUACAAAUAACAUAAAUUUAAUUGAUUUAGCUAUGGAUAAAUUUAUUGAUAUAGAGCUAAAAGAAACUGUUAAAACAAUAGAAUAUAAGGAUGCAUAUUCUCAUAAGAUUAAAUCAUUUGAGAAUUAUUUAGAUAAUAAUAUUUUAAAAGAAAAAGAAAAAUCACAUAUUCAGGAGAAUAAUAAUUGCUAUGAUGAUAAAAUUUUAAAUAUAGAUUUUAGUUAUGAUAAUAAUCUUUUAGUUUCAAUGUCUUGUAAUAAUUUCAUUGAUUUUUACAAUUGUUCUAAAGUAUCACAAGAAAUAAGAAAUUCCACAGAAAAAAAGAAAAUAAAAUUAGAAAAAUCAAAAAAUAAAAAUAACCCAUAUGUUAAAUUAUCAAAAUCAUAUGGUGUUAAUUAUUCAAAUUUAAUAUCUGCAAAAUUUACACCUGAAAAUGUUCUUCUUUUGUUUGGAAUUAACACUUUAGUAUGA